AUGUCAUUAUUCAAAGAGUACUAUUGGGACGAGAACUCAGAGUUCAGAGAGCGUCACAAAGCAUACAUCAAACAAAAGGUAAGAUGCGAGUGCGGCUUCGAGGUCGGUCGCACCAAUCUCAGUCGACACAAGCAAGGCUACAUCCACAAGCAGUUGAUGGCCAACAAAUAG